GACCUCCUUCCGUUAGGCUUGAAAUCGAAAGUAGCUUGUGUAGGCAAGUUAAUUACCGUUUUGGUUCCAUUUUAUAACUUCAACAUAUUUACAUUUUUAUCUGUAGGGUAGCGAUUCGACAGUAGGUGACUUUUUUUACCUGAUACUGAGGUUUCAGUUACUUCGACAUUUAAAACUACCGCUUUAAUCGCUGGUCCACUGAACUGAACGGCCCCGGGAUCCCUAAAAUGAGAUAUAUAUUUCUAAUCAGCUUCCAGGUUAGUAUCCUUUCCUCUCGCAUUACAGUUCUAGUUUUCAAGUUUCAACUUUACUCCAGCAUUUUAAAGGAGAAUUUGCUCUACCCGCCGAAAUAGCAGGGCUAAUCUAGACAGGUAGAGAACUGAGGUUAAUUUAAGUAGACAUUAUUUCGUUUGUAACGAAUUAAAUUUGGCGUAUGUUUUGGAAUAGAACUCGUUUUAGCUAUAGGUAAAACUGUUUAUUCAGGCAAUUUCACAUCUGUAGACUACCUCAAUUAGCCUACUCAGAUUCUCGUGAUGUAUUCUAGUUAUUUUCGACUCGGUCAGGUUACUAACUCCUUCCAAAUGAUUUCUUGUUUCAGGCCAUCCAAGUGUCCGUCGCACUGCUUUGUCCAGAUGGCCAGCUUGUGGUCAAAUUGCCAAGUGGUGACCUCUCUUGUGAAAACUGUCCAAUGUGUCCUCCAGGAUUCGGCGUAACGUUACCUUGUAGAAAUACUGAUCAUGUCCCCUCUAGCACCUCUAUGACUUGUAAAGCUUGUCUACCAGGCGAGUAUUCCGAUUCACUGUCCUCUGAGAGUUGUAAAACCUGCUCGAAGUGUCUCCCUGAUGAAGAAAUUGUGGCAAAUUGCACCGUCGUCUCUGAUACACUUUGUAGCUGUAAACCUUGUCCUAAGGGCUACUACCGCAACAAGACCAUCUCGAAAUGCCUCCCUUGUUCAAGCUGUUGUUUCUUUGAUGGAACAGACAAGGUUGUCCCACAGUGUGUCAGUCAGGGGUUACCUCGAAGCCAAACAUGUAGCUACCAGCAAAGGAAAUCAUGUACCUCUAAAUGUUGGUACGAUGAGAUUACAGUCCUAAAACGUGAUGGAAAGCGGCACAGCUGUCAACUCUGCCCAGUAUGCUCAAAAAACAUGGGUCUAACUGUACCUUGUGGAACUAUUACUAGUGAAGACAAGUUUAUUGGGUGUGAACUUCCUACCUUGGGAAAAACAUUUCUUAAUUUUCAAGGAGUAAUACAAUCUUGUAGCAUCUGUCCUCCUGGACAAGGAGUGGUUGCUAAUUGUUCCUAUAAAUCUGAUACCUCUUGUGGUGGAUGUAAAAAAGGAUUCUACUAUAACCCACUUUCAGGAAGUUGCCAAGAGUGUUUUUUGUGCUGUAGCCUUAGUGAUAGUGACGCAAUAAUACAAUGCAUAAAAGAAGGAACGUUUAGUGGGAUAACCAACUACAUACACUUGUCUUUGUUUAGAAACACCCAGCAAUCUGUUAGCGCUUAUGGAAGGUAUUGUCUGAAGUCAUUGUGGGAGCUGAAUACAUGGACUCUGACCACAGGGUUUAUUAUGAUCAUAUUUGUCUCUUAUUUUGCCUUCAACUUCGUCACUACAAGCAAACAUAAUUCAAAUAGUAAAGUGCAAGACCCUUUUCCCAGUCCAGUUCAGACUACAGAACUAGUGACUCCUUUGCAGAGACCACAACAACACGAGAUUACACCAGAAACUGCUGAGGAUCCUCAAGGUGAGUUACACAGCGUCACGCUAUUUGCUAUUUUUAAAAAGCUAAAUUGGGUCGCGCUUCAAUUGAAUUCCAAAAAAAUGGUCCAGUUUUUGUAUUCAAGGCUGUAUUUGAGCAUUACAACUGUUUCCUGUCGUCUGUUGCGACGAAUGGAAAGGAUGGACGUCGAUUGAAACUUCAGACCAUAGGCGACCUUUUUCAUUUCUAAAGGCUAUGCCUCCCUCACUUCGAAAAAUAACCAGUAUGUACGUGUUAGUGCUCCCUGAUGACAUUCGGUUCAUAUGUUCAUAACUCUACAGGAGCCUUUUUUUUCUCGGGUAAAGUCACCAAGUAAUGACUUCAGAACAUAAUUGACCUAAACAACAAUAUAUUCUUGUGACAUCAUCUAAGCCCCUUUAAGUUGCGGUUAUACCUUCAUGUGUUUGUUUUUGGUGGGGCUGGAAGUGGGUGGUAUUCAACUGAUCAAAUUGUUGCCUUUUCUUUUUUUUGAACCUCGGGUCUUCCUUUCAUAUUAUCGCAGCUGUCUUCGUCGGUUAUUUCAACAACGAAAAGUAACUAUUCACGCCAUCAUGGAGUAACGAGUUUAUUAAGGAUAAUAAAAGGCUGAUCGAGUGUCAGAAAGAGGGAAAUGUAAACAUUUGCUUGAACUAGUUUAUAAAUACAAAACAACUGAAAGAAACAAAAAAAACUAGCCAAGUAUAUAUACAAUAGAUAACAUGCACACUUAACACAAAGACAACUUAGAAUCGAAGUUAUCCAGUAAGUGUCAUGAUCACUACAGUCGCCAUCAUCAUUUAUUAGUCUCCUUAAUUCCAUGACCGAGAUUGUUCUCACUGGUCUCAGUAUACAUUUGUAAUUUCCAGGUACCAGGAAGAUGGAGUUGGAAUAUCCUGCAGAACAAAACACUGGUCAUUUGUUCUUUGAGAAGACAGGCGUUGAAGUUAUUGCUCUUUGCAAAAAUAAACCGACCGACCACUCUCUCUCAAAUCGAUUAGCUUUACAGGCCACGUCAGACUCAACCAAGCACGGAUUUCUCAAAGAGGACGAAAUUCAACUAAGUCCUGUAAUAACUUUUAUUUCAACUGGCAAAAAUGAUGAACCAUUCGAGGUUCAGAUACCCCAUGGGGCAAAUGUGAUUCUUUCACGUUCAAAGUGGAAUGUCAUGCUGAAAAAGCUGCUGAACAACAGAUGGGUCACUGUUAGCCAAAGUGGACAGGAGAUUCACAGCUUUAGCCCUAAAAGUAACCAUGUAAGGUUCGAGACCGAUCGUCUCUCAACCUUCGUAGUUGUUGGAAAGUUACAAGACCACUUUCUGCCGGCAUUCAAACGAAUGAAGGUGGCAGCUUUUUGCAGUGAAACAAGCAUUGGGAAAGACCUUACCAUGAGGGUGUAUUGCUUUGACGACUGUGAAUAUUCUUUUGAGGUAUGUAUUAACCCGGUGGUUCUCUGCAGAGUGCACUUGACCCAUUCCGGGAAAAAACAAUUCGAGAUCCUUAUUAAUUUCAGCUGCAGCGAAUGUAUUAUAACUGAUGUUCUGUUUAUUUACGGUGAAAACAUGUAAAGCUUAAUGAUUUACCAGCCCACCUUUUCAUGUCACGAGGAAACGGCGAUCGAAAACUCUCACACUGUUCUUUUAAUGGAGCUUUCCAUGGAAGAGGAGGCAAACUUCAAUGCAGCAUUAAAGCACGCUAUCAAAUAUGCCCCUUUCCUAAGGCUUUGAUGAGGUAAACAGAGUUGUUAUUUUAUGUUUGUGUUAGUGAAACGAAAGCUUGAUUAUUGGUCUUUUUUUCUCUUUACCCCGUUACCUUUAUAGAAACUUAUGAAGAAAGAGAAAAGAGAGGGAGGAAAACUUAUCUCAUCCAUUGAGACACUUGACUUUAUUGUUACCAGUGAAAAAGACGUGGAGAUUACAGUAAACGAUACUGAAGGAUGGCAGCUAUAUCAGCCCUCGUUAAUGGUAGUACAUAUGGCCCAUUCAUUUCUGUGUUAAAAUUUUACACUAAGCAUAUUAACACAAUUCCUCCAUAUGCAGAUAAACACUAACUUUGUACUCUAUUGACUUACAGAUAGCUCUCUGCCGUUUAAAACGUCUGUGGUGUGACGAAUCAAAAACAGUGUGUCAGUGUAGAACAGCAAUGAUUAAUUUUCGAAACAGUAGUUAUGUUUUGAUGUUCUAAAGUACAUAACUUUGUAGUACGUGAAAAUAAACAAUUUCAUCACAACUUUCAUCCAGUUUUGAUUUCACACAUAAAAAAAUUAAAAAAUCCGGCACUGAGUUUUUAAUACCCAUUUAACAAAGGUCAAUAACAACAGUCUUUAAUCUCUCUUGAUUUUUACUGAAGGCGUGAAUAUCAAAUUCGUUCUGGUGCUUCCUUAUGUAUUGCUUUUCUUUUCUUUUCUGUAGUUUUAAGGGAGUUUCCACUUCAUCCUUAUUAAUCAUUUGGCACCUUUUUUUUCAUUGACGGGACAAUGUUAUUAAUUUGCACCUCUUGAUAUUUUCCAGAAACUAAGGAACAGCUAUUUGAGGAGCUCUUUUGACGUAAUCCCUCGCUGUGAUCUGAUAUUUCAUCCAACUACAAACCCUGGAAAAAGUACCUUUUUUGUCAUGGUGACUUUGGCUCAGGAGCCAUCCAAUCAAACUGUGAUGUAUGCAAGUUCUGCAAUCAAAAAGGUACUUAAAUUAAGUACUACUUGUUUUUGCACAAGCACAUCAGCUCAAGCGUUGAGGUGUAAUUGUGAUUAUCUGGCUUUUAAUCGACUGAAGUGUUCUACCCACGCAUCUAAUUCUUAGUUUCCUCAAGUUAAGAAUUUUUAGAUAAAAAUGAUGUCGAAUGAUCUCCCCGUAUAAUAGUGAUGCUUUCUUCAUACAGAUGCCACGACUGCCACGGAUUCAGAAAUACAGAAAUAGUAUGUUGUUAAUAUUUUCUGCUUGUUUACUUAAUCACUCCUUCUUAACUGAGACUAGUUUCUAUCAUGAUGAUGCCUUAACUUGACCAAAAUUGUGCUCGAGAUGAUGUUUCCCACUUACGACAGUCUCUCCUAUCCAAUUAUUAGUCUCAUUUUAUAAUUUUCAGUGGUUUUUAACUUAAAUUGUAACGUUAUUCUUCAUUUAUUAUAUUUAAAUAUCUAUUUUGUCACUGUUGGGAGGGCCAUUGUUGCUUCCUCUUUAAAUGAAGACCUACUUAUUCUUUUAUUUCCUGUUUUUUUAUUAGAAAUCCAAAGAGAUGAUGAGUUGCACCUAAAAGGAGGCAGUGUCGUGGAAACAAAACAAAUUGAUAGUGAUGAGUGCAUCAUUUAG